GUCAGUUUAUUCUCUGCCUUGCGUACAAACAUUGACAAGAUGAUUUUUAAAUUAUUAUUAAUUUAUUUUUCAAUAAAUACAAUUUCAGCUGUUCCUCUAAAGUUCAGAGAUGGAGUCAGCGUAGUUCCGUACAUUGUUAAUGGAACUGAUGCAAAAAUUGAAGAGUUUCCCUUCAUUGUAUCUUUGAUUUAUAUUUACAAUGAGACUUUAUCCUGGCAUACCUGUGGUGGAUCGAUUUUGAAUGAAUAUUGGAUUUUGACCGCCGCUCAUUGCAUUUACGAUGAAGAACCAGAAUCAUACGCUAUUGAAUAUGCUACAACACACGUCACGGAAACGCCUGGAAGCUUUAAAACAAGACAAGUUGAGAAAUUGAUAUGGCAUGAAGAUUAUGAUGAGGCAAACCUUAAUGACGAUAUUGGCCUGAUGAAAGUGAGAUCUCAUCUUGACAUAAAUUUGUUUGACUUCAAGAUUCGUUUGCCUGUUCGUGAUGCUUAUUUUGCAACUGGCAUACCAGCAGUGUUAGCUGGAUGGGGUAGAAUAGGAACUGGCAUGCCAAUCAGCACAAUUCUUCAAAAGGUUGAUUUACAAAUCUACAAUCAAUAUGAUUGCGCUCAAAUUCAUCAACCAGGAUGGUUGUUAUACAAUAAUAUUUGCGCAGGAGUACCUGGAGGUGGAAAAGGUCAAUGCAAUGGCGACUCAGGUGGACCACUUAUGUCGCUUGGAGUGCAAGUCGGAAUUGUUUCAUGGUCUAUUAAACCGUGUACUGUUGCACCGUACCCAGGUGUGUUCACAAGUGUUGCACCCUAUGUUGAUUGGAUUGCCGAGAACAGCGGACUUAAUUUCCAACUGGGAAUGUUUUUGCAUAGUGUUUAAAAAAGUGAAAUUCUGAUGGCAAAAAUAUUUAAAAUUGUUCAAUGAAAUUUUAUUCAACUAAUCAUUAAAAUAUUUUCAAGUUUUGAGAUUGUCAUUUUAUCUUCUGAUAAUUGUUAUCGUCAAUUUUCGUUUCUUAAAGUGCUGUGUUGUGUUGUAUUGUUUGGUCAAUAUUUGUUCAAGGACAAAAGAUUGUUUGCACAAAUAUUAUGUCAUGUUUGGUCUACUUUUGCACCAAUGUUGUCAAUAAAGUGGCAUUUUAUCAAAUGGC